GUCCUGAUGGACGGCACAUGGCACAUCAUUGCAUUGUUUUGCAUUGCGACCUAUCCCGUGUGGGCCGCUUCACACUUGGUGCCGGUGAAGAAAUGCUUCGCCGGGCUGCCGGCUGGAACGGGAUCCCUUUGCUGUGACGUUGAAGGAUUUGGGCCACAGGGCUUGACAGAUUGCUGGGACUCCACCUACACUUUCGAGUCAUGCUGCUUGCAGCCACCGCAGCUUGGAACAGUUGUUGAAGACCAUGAAGUAAACACUGGCUGGAGCAUUGUGAAGCUGGUGCCAGUCGAGAAAUGCUUCAUUGGGCUGCCUGCUGAAACGGGACCUACGUGUUGCGACAUUGAGAGAUUUGGACCACGAAAUCAAGUGGAGCAAGCGGAUUCUGUGAUUGAUGUGCGAAGCACCAGCAUGCCAAUGGCAACCGUGGAUUUUUCUUUGCAGUAUUGCUGUGGGCUGACACAGAACUGUGCAACCUUUUGGUUUCACUGCAGGCCUGGGAAGGGGUGUGAAAUCGAAACUGCUACUGCCAUGCUUUGUGAUAGCCAUCCAUUAUCACCUCCUUUCACAGUCAUCCAAAAUGCAGUGGGUGCAUUCACCGAAGGCAAUGAGCUUGAGCUUGAGGGCACCUUGUAUUUCACAAGUGCAGCAAUAGGACUUCUCAAGGAGGAACUCCGGGGAGCAGGACAGAAUGGAGAUUCUCUGGUGCACAAGUCUGUCAACACGUGUGUUGGGAUCUUUGAUUUGGAUGAAACGUUUGGCACCUGUCAACAGGCUCAAGAUCCACACAUGUACCAAAAAGUCGGAGAGUAUCCACUUCAAGACACUCUCUUGCGAACACUUCAGGAUAUUGACUGCUCUUUAUGCUUGCCACCGCGGUGUAAAAUCUAUGCAGUGGCCAUGAUUUUGGUGUCGAAUACCAGGGUGAUGUCAGAACACCGACUGGUCCUGGCGGUGCCCAGCAAUUGCAGCCAUGGUGAUGUGGCGCUUCAAAUUGUUCCACACAUCAUGGAUCAGAGGAUGAUGGCACUUUGGAACACCUUGUGCAUCCACAUGACUAGUGACUUCCCCUUUUUCAUCAUCGCAGAUGCGAUGAAUCAACUCUUGUGGCCCGCGGAUCCCUUCCUUUGCAAGCUGCUUCGGGAACGCGGCUUGGCUGAGGUUUGCCAUACUUUGCAGCGCUUAACUCGGGUGAUUCUCACUCGACACCCGCCUGCAGAGGUUGCUACUUUGGUCAAGCUGCUCACGCGUACGGCUGACAAGGUCGAGGCUUUUGUGGAAGAGUGGGAAUUGAAUCAGGCCCUGGGCGCCUCUGUCGGGGGAUCUGCGGCUGAUCCACCUGAGUCGAACUUGCCGGGGUUGACCCCUGUGGCCAAGAGCUCCUCAGCCCGGCCCAGGAGAGAAAGCGGGGAGCUCCCCGAAAAUCGCGAGAGGAGAAAGGAAGCGAGCAGAGAGCCGGGGACAGUCCCUGAAAAGGCCUCGGAGUAUAGGUCGAGGAGCAAAAAGAAAAGAAAGACAGAUCCCGCAAACGCCACGGGAGGAGGUCGCCUACCCGCAGUCCACCGGGCUACACACGAGGAGUUGAACCGGAGUGGCAGGACGCGGCGCCUGGUCGUGGUAGAAAUGCCACCGAAAGGUAUGAGAAGGCCGGGGGCCAGAGUUCGACCUCGAGCUCAAGCCCCUGCUAUGGUGAAGGCAAACGGGGGCGGGGCCCCUGCAGUUUUGAGGAGACCCGCAAAAGCAGAGGCAGACGAGCAACACCCUCGACUUCUAAAGAAAGGAGAUUGGAUCAUCGGCACAGGAGCCCACUAUUACAGUCAUCGCGGCACGGUGGCUGGGGAGGUGAUCGAAGAGCUGAGAGAAGAGGGCAGAAGGAUGGUUCAAGUGAAGCUCAGUGGCACCACCAUAGAGCUUCUACUUCAAUGGGCCGGCCAAGCCGACGGUCCCAGUCGGUGGCACCUCUGCCCUCCAGGUUGCCAGAUGGAGUUGGAGGGCGACGGACUGAUACACGUCACCGAGAGCCAUGCAGCCACCCAAGGCGAAGUGGAGGCCGUGGGGUGGGCCACGAACCUGAGACCAGCAGUACCAGCAGGACUGGAGGACGAGAACGCGGCACUUCGUCUUCGUCUGAAGAAGUUGGAGGCCAGGACAGGACGACAGAAGAGGAAGGAGGUUCCCCGAGGAGCCCGAGAUCGAAGUCCAGGAGAGGAGAAAUCGGGGGUUCCCCCUGUUCCGGGGGCGAAGACCCCGAGACGCAGCAGCUCAAGUUCAUCCAACAAUACAGAAGCUGGAGUAGUGAGUCAGAAGAUGAUGUUCCGGGGGACGGCCCUGGCAUUGUCGGGAAGCACCAGGAGAAGGAUCCACCGCAAGGCGAGGAGAUUCAUGAAAAGAAAAAAGAGCAGCUCCAGCGGCACAGAGUCCUCGGAGGAAUCACAGGACCUGGGGUUUCGGGGGAGCCAGUCCCCGCUCUUCGGGGACGAGUUGAAGAUUCGGGGAGUGUCGGAGCGCUUCCCUGGCCUUCUUGCGGGGGAAGCCCUGAGGGACAUCUCUCGCAUGGUCUCAGCGGACAUGGGAGACCCCACCUCCAGCAACCGGGGGUGGGCUCCCCAGACGAUCCGAUAUUUCCGCCAGGUAUUUUCGAGGCGCAUCAGUGGGGCCAUGGCGAGAGAGCUGCUGACGCACUGCAGCGUCAUAGACAGCCUUUUGGAGGGCAAUAUCCCCCGGGCGCUGGAUAUCAGUCUCCAGCGCAUCAAGGGGCUGGAGUUGCAGGCUGGUGGCACGGCUUUCCAGGUGUCGCAACGCCUGGAGGUUAUCCCCAGCGAAGCUUCACUGUUGCCCAGCCGUCAAGAGGUGGCCAUCAUCAACAGGGAGCGCAACCAGGAGGUGAGAGCUUUUGGGGGCACCCAAUACCAGAGCCAGGCCACAGGAGGCAAGGGCAAAGCAGAAGCCCGCGAAGACCGACAGAACUACAAAGGGAAAAACACCAAGGGCAAAGGGAAGUCGAAGGCAGAAGGCAAGAAGACAGAGGAUUCGAAGAAAGGAAGCGGGGGCCCAGCAGUGUACUUUGGGCCUAUGUCUCACAAGAGGAUUUUUUCCAGCCGUGCAGAGCCACCAGAGCAGAGCACACGCUCUGACAUGGCCACCAGUGCCAGCUCGGCAACGAGUCGUACAAUCGACUAUAAAGGUGAGGAAGUUACAACUGCCAGGUCUUUUUGCUGGGCCAAUGUGGGUCCUACCUUGCCAAAAGAGAUUGGCGCGGUCAAGCUCAGGGAUGUAUGUGAACAGGGAUGCCGUUUUUACGUGGACCAUUUCCCAGAGUUUCUCAAGCCUGUGGAAGACUGGCCUCUUGUAAAGAAUAGCCGAGUGAUGGUCAGUGAACAGGACUGGCCUGAGGUAGCCAUGAACCUGGUCAGGGCUAAGGUCUGCAAAGUCAUUCCUGAGUCCGAAGUGUUUAAAGUUCGGGGGGUUCCCCUGCUCAACGGCCUGUUCGGGGUUGAGAAGGGUGAGGAGCGUGAUGGUCUCCCCCUUUAUCGCCUCAUCAUGAAUUUAGUGCCGCUGAACUCUUUGUGUCUGGGUCUCUCGGCAGAUAUCGCCGGACUCCCACACUGGCUGGGAUUGAAUCCGUUCUCGCUGGAGCCGAGCGAAGGGCUGCUUGUAUCCUCGGAGGACGUAAAAUGUUUCUUUUACACUCUAGGUCUUCCGGAUGCGUGGGCACCAUUUCUCGCUUUCAAUCGAGCGGCGCCUAGGUGUCUCCAGCCAGUGGGGUGCACAGAAACUUGCUACCUUGCUUCUGUGGUAUUGCCCAUGGGUUUCAUCAACUCGGUGGGUAUUGCACAACACGUGCACAGAGUGCUUGUGAGCCGCUCGAAGCCCAUGCCUUCUCUGGAUUUGCCAAGUCGCGAGAUUAGGAAGGAUCUCCCACUCCCAGCGUCGGAUUCCACGUGGCGGGUCUAUUUGGACAACUACGACUUGUUGGAAAAAUUUCCCAGGGAAGUCUUGGUGGAGCAGCAGGGUAGCAUUUCAGAAGACGUGGAAGGUCUCCGCGGAGCAUAUGCAGGCGUGGGAAUGCCACGGCAUACAGGGAAGAGUGUCAGUAGACAGGCUGUUGCCGAAGUUCAAGGCGCUAUCGUGGACGGUGUCCGCGGUGUGGCUUACCCGAAAGGGAACAAACUUGUCAAGUAUACGGUCAUGGCCCUAUUCUUUUGCCAGCUCACUCACUGCAGUCAACGCCAAGUGCAAGUGAUCUGUGGAGGACUGGUUUACUUCACGAUGUUUCGACGUCAAAUCUUGGGGUCUCUGAACAAGUGUUGGGAAUUCAUUGAGUCUUUCAACCAUUCGGGGCGUCACAAGUUGGCCAUCCCUGCACUGGUCAAGCUGGAGAUCCUACGUUGUGUCUGUUUUGUGGGGUUGUGCCGCAUGGACUUUCGGUUACCUAUGAGAUCUCAGGUGACCUGCAGCGACGCUUCAACUACAGGGGGCGGUAUGUGUUGCUCUACGGGGUUGAGCCCUGCCGGACAGAUGGUUGCUCGGGGAAGCCUUCGCCCUGUGGGCAAUCCCUUGGAUGGCCGCCCGAAGGUCCCGCUGGAGAACUUUCUCAGCCCGGGGUGGACAAAAGUGGACCCUGACCGUGCAUUUCCUACCUUCACCACCUCAGAGACGCUGAAGCGGUGGGAAGAGGACAAAUUCAGGUACCCACCAUACCAAUAUCUACCUGUAAACUGUGUCGUGAACCGGCAAGGCGCUUUGCGUCUGCCCACCGUGGAAGAGAAGGAGCUUAUGAUGGGGUUGCCUUUGGGUUACACUAAUCCAUGCCUCCCAAAGUCGCAAAGGAAAGGUGUGGCUCACUUGGACCUCAGGCAUUCCCUGGUAGGAAACGCUUGGAAUGUCCCGGUGGUUGGGUGGUUGCUAGCACAGCUGCUGGCCCCAUUGGGACUAGCGGAAACUGCGACGCCUCAGCAACUUAUGGAUCGUUUGGAUCCGUCAAAGACUUUGGAUGUCAUGUCAAGGCUCACUCGUCGUCUUCUUCGACCCGUGGUUGGAACCAUGUCCGAGCCGUUGCCUUCCAACCGUCUGGAGCAAUUGCUUUCUCGGUUGGUAAGCGCGAAGGGAGAAGAUAUACUCCUCAUCUCUACCUCUGAUCAGGAGGGCAAGGAACUCAAAGAGGAGAUCAUAGGCCUUAAAGGCAAAGAAGGGUCGAAAUUUGGACAAAAGAAAGCCCAGGAGGGCAAGGAACUCAAAGAGGAGAUCAUAGGAUUAUUAUCGUCAUUGGAAUCUCUCUACAGCAUACUGACCGUCUUCCUGGUUUUAGAUUGUGAGAGCCUAGCCGCACAGUCCAAACGGCUGAUACGGAAAGUGGGACGUCAGUUUCUUGGCGCCUUUGUCAUAGGGAUGUGGAUACCAGUUGCAAUGUUUUCCUCAUCGCCUAUGAACUGCAUCAGCAAGCAUUCAGUGGGAAUGUUGUCUCCAAGAGAUUUCAUGCGCUGGAUCCUGCAGCUUCUAACCGCAAUGCCAUCUGAUCCAGAUCUUUGGGGGUUGGAGACAGCUUGGCCAACGUAUGUGUGGGCCUUCCAAGUUGAUAUGAUGGAGUUUUUACUCGUUGGCCUUUUGGGUUUGCUGAGACCCACUAUGCCAAAACUGCUGCCUUUCGCUUGCGUCGUGUACUGGGGAUACCUCAUUGCUCAGGAUGCCCAACCAGGUGCAUGCAACUUGGUGAUGAGACGCACCCAUCCUAACAUGCAUAGCUCCUUUUGGAUGCACUGGUUUCCAAGCUCACUGUUGUUGCUGAAUGUUGACAGCUUUCUCAGACUUCCCAGAGUGGUGGCAUGUUUGGCACGCUGGAAGAAGACGCUGGGAGGCUUUUUCACCAAUGGCCGCCCAAUGUGCAGAGCAUGA